AAUAUUUCAUGUAACAUAUUUCAUUAUUUAUUUUAGAUGUUUGAUGUGACUGAAGGGGCUCUUGGAAGCGUAAGUCCUACACACAAUUUUGAACCUCCUCAUUAUGAUGGCAUUGAAGCACUUGCUAUUAUGGGAGAUAACCUUUUUAGUGGAUCGAGAGGUAAUGGAAUUAAGAAAUGGGAUUUGUCUCAAAAAGACCUUCUUCAGCAAGUCCCUAAUGCUCACAAGGACUGGGUUUGUGCUCUUGGCCUGGUGCCCGGUGUGCCGGUUCUGCUCAGCGGCUGCAGGGGAGGCACCCUCAAGCUCUGGAACGUGGAUACCUUUGCACCCAUUGGGGAGAUGAAGGGACAUGACAGCCCUAUAAAUGCCAUCUGCACCAACUCCAGCCAGAUUUUUACAGCAGCAGAUGAUCGCACUGUGAGGAUCUGGAAAGCUCGAAAUACAAUAGAUGGACAGAUCUCAGAUACAGGAGAUGCAAGUGAAGAUCUUGCCAGUAAUUGAAAUUACAGGGGAUUAAGGAAUACAUUGAUCAAUUUGAGGUGCACUCUAUGCAGUUUUCUGCAUGUCUAUUAGUUAAUCACUGCUGACUGGAAUGGACUGAAAAUGUGUGAACUCUUCACUAGACCUGCUGUCCUUAAAAUAUGUACUGUAUUUACUGACCUCUUGGUAACAUGCUUGAGUCUCAACAGUCACAUGUAUCUCUAUCUAUUAUGGCUGAAUUUGUGUGCAUAUGUAAUACUUGCAGUUUAAAUUAACUGGAAUUCAGUCUUCUCUAAUGACCAUCUCAAAAUAAUAAUCUGAAAUAUAUAACAAAAGUGCUCUGCUGUAUUUCACUCACAAGUAUGAUCAGCUGUUUUGCAUUUUAGGGUAACAGGGGAAGGACUGUGUCCCAGGAAUAAGCUUUUGAUUAUGAGAGACAGUUCUAAGAUUUUAAAGGUCAUUUACACUGUUGUUAGGAAAGUGGAGUGAAUAAUAGAUGGAAAGAAGCUGUUAAUGAUACAUCUACCUGACAUGGCUGUAUCCUGCUAACAGCAAAUGCCAUAUGAUUUGUGUGUUGAUAGCAUAUAAUCUGUGUUGACCAAAGUUGUGCAGCUGUGUAUACUCUGUGCUCAGGACUAGAACUCAAGUGCUCACAAAUGGCUGUGUUUUAUUUGUGUUUUGCCUAUGUUCUGCAAUGACUAGAUGUUCAUAAUGUCAUGAUAAAUAUAUCUUAAUCUAUUUUUCUUACAGAUUUCUUUCUGUCAUCUCACAUUUUCUUUUUUUAAGCAAAUUCUUUCCGUUUUAUCUAAUUUUAUAUGCUGCUAAAUGUAUUUUAAAUACACUGUUUUGCAAACCUUGGCAGUUACUUUGAGAACUGAACCACGCUUAUUGGGAAAAGCUAUGUAAAUAGAUGGUUGUAUAAAGAAAAUAUCUUAUCUUGUGCCUGUAUGACUUUUAAAGCCCUUGGAACCUGGAUAUUGAGGGAGGAUAUAUAAUUUACCCAACUGCUCUGAAUAUUAAUUUGUAAAUUCUGUAAAUUUUAAAAUUUUAGCUUGUGUAGGUAACAAAUAAAGAUGUGAAUGU